GAAGCCAAGAGGCAGCAGCAGUUUCUAGGGAACCUAAAUACAGACAGAAAGGAAAAGGAAAAAAGGGAAUUUACAGACCAGGAAUGAAAGGGGAGGGGAAGAGAAGGCUAUCUGGGGGAGAACCCACCCCAGCCUACUUGACCUGAGGAAGCUCCGCCCAGAAGGAGGCUCAGUGCAGAGGCAGGAAGGACAGCAGAGCAAACACGUCUGAGGCAGCAGCAUUUAUAUUUCUGGAGCCAGAGUUCUUCCCCACAGAGGGAGCAAAGAGCAGGCAGCAGAGACCCAGGGAGCCUCCCUUGGCCUCUACCCACAGACGGCGUGUCCACUGGCAGGGGUCCCUGCUCACAGUCUCACUUUUAAUCUUCUGGAGCCCAUCCAUCCCAGCCCAACCCACCAUUGAAUCGGUGCCACUCAAUGCUGCCGAAGGAAAUGAUGUUCUUACUUCCCCAUAAUCCGUCAGCAGAUCCUUUAUUCUGCGUCUGGUACGAAGGGGAAAGUAUAGGAAACGAUAAAAUUGCAUCAUAUAUACCACAAGCUCAAUCAAAUGAUUCAGGGCCUGCCUACACUGGUCGAGAGACAAUAUACCACAACGGGUCGCUGCUGUUCCAGAAUGUCACCCUGAACCACUCAGGAGUCUACACACUGCAAAUAACAACCAUACUUGGUGACAGUGAGAUAUUAGCUGGACAGAUCUGUGCAUACUUCUGGUAUCUGACAGCGGAGUUACCCACACCCUUCAUCACCAGCAACAGCUGCAACCCUGUGGAGGACCAGGACUUUGUAACAUUAAGGUGUGAUCCUAAGACUCAGAACACAACCUACCUGUGGUUGAUAAACAAUCAGAGCCUCCCAGACAGUGCCAGGCUGGAGAUGUCCUCGGACAAUAGGUUUCUCACUAUACACAGUGUCAUAAGGAAUGACACAGGACCCUAUGAGUAUAGAACCUGGAACCUAGUGAAUGUCCUCCAUAGUGACCCAUUCAUUCUGAAUGUUCUUUGUGAGUAACUGUCAUUCCCACAUGGCACAGAUUGCCAACCCAAAUCCACACUGUCAGAGCCAGGCUACAUCAGUCCUCUCAAGUCCAAGUACACUGGCCCUCAGCCCCUGGACACCCAGGCUAGCCAUGACUUCCUUACCCAGGCAAAUCUGGGCAGGCCAAGCCAUGCCACCAGACAAGGAGGGAGGGGCUGCUCCUGUGUUGA